GAAAGUAUAGCUUUGUUUCCGUUACGAUCUAUUUCCAUUGUAUAGCAAUUGGAAAGGAUUCAAAAAUCGCAAAUGCGAAGCAAGGUUAAAUAGAAACGCAGUUCAAUUAACUUUAACAUUUUAUUAUAGAAAAUUUGAUUACGUCUAAACGUGCGUUCACAGCAGACGCAAGUGGACGUACGAAGCAGACGAUACUGUCGACCACGUGAAAAUCCUGUCUUGUUUAUUUAAAGAAAAUGGGUCGGAAAAUUCCUGGAAAAAAGCAUCGAGGCGUGAAGGAUCCUUUUAAACAACACGCGAAACGAGAAGCCGAGUUAGAAACAAAAAUAAACGCUCCGCCAAAAGAUGUGGACGAACAAGCAAUACCAAGGAGUUUGGAACAUUUAAUAAGAUUAAAGGAGACAGUGAAAUCGGGAAAAAUAACUAAAAUAAAGAAACGGAAAAAGCACAAAAAUCCAUUAAUAUCCGUAGGCGGAGAGACUCCCAGAUUUUCGCAUCCAAAAGCAAAACCCGAGAAAGUUGUUCCUCUGUUUCAACAGAGGCCUGGAGAAAGCGAAGAACACUUCUUGCAUAGAGUUCAAAAAGAGACUCAUGCUUUUCUUGGGGAAACUGCAUUUGAGAAGAAGUAUAAUGUCCAAGUGAAUCGAAAUCCGGAAACAGGAAACAUUGAAGGACUCUCAAAAUGCAAGUUAACUGAAUUGGAUAAACUUGAAAUGUUAAGGGCAAGGCAUAAAAAUAUAAAAAAGAAGAAGAAGAAAGAUAGUGAUGAGGUUAAGAUGACAAAGAGUCAGAAAAGAAAAGAGAAGUUACAACUAAAGAAAGAAACAAAGCAGGAAAAUGGUGUGGAUGAGUUCGAAAAUUUUAAAGAUCAAAUCAAGUUUGGUGAAGUUGCUCAUGAACCACCUCAAUUCAAAAUAAGGCCAAAGGCAGCUGAUUCCACAAUGAGCACAAAGCCUGGCAAAAAAGAUCUCUUGCUGCAUUCAUUGCUAAAGAAAAAUGAAUCACCAAAAAUAGUUUCUACAAAGACAAUCUCCAUUGAUAAAUCAGGCAAACGAAAAAAUUUGCCAGUUGGAGAAAGAAGAAGACUGGAAAAAGAUCAAAAGGAUGUCAUAGCAGCAUACAGAAAAGUGAAAGCACAACGUUCUGUUGGUAUUAACAACUAA